UAAGAGUUUUAUCUUUUUUUUGUGUGUGAAUGAAUAUCCAGCUUAUCACACCAUGUCCAUAAUCAACAUAUUGAUUCCUGGCAGGAACAUGGUCAAGAAGUCCCUUGUUGCUGGGCUGGUGCUCCUGCUGGUGGCUGCAUUGGGCUUGUUCCUCGCUGUGUUGCUGGGGGUGGGCAACAAAAGGACCCCCAUCCCCUCGGACCAUUUUUACUCCAAAGCAGCUGUAGCGGCUGAUGCUGGGAAGUGCUCUGAGAUUGGAAGAGACAUCCUGAAGCGUAAUGGCUCUGCGGUUGAUGCCUCGAUAGCAGCUCUGCUGUGUGUGGGGCUGCUGAAUGCUCACAGUAUGGGCAUUGGAGGAGGCCUUUUCUUCACCAUAUACAACGCCUCCACAGGGAAGGUGGAGACCAUUGAUGCGAGGGAAACUGCUCCAAUGAACGCUACAGAGGACAUGUUCGGCAAUAACACACAGCUGUCCCGGAAAGGGGGGUUGUCCAUUGCUAUUCCUGGGGAGAUUCGUGGCUAUGAGAUGGCUCACCGGCGGCACGGACGUUUGCCCUGGAAAGAGCUGUUUGAGCCCAGUAUAACACUGGCACGUAAAGGCUUUCCUAUUGGCAGGGCGCUCGCUAACGCUAUUGAGAAAAACAAGGAGUCAAUUCAGGGGGAUUUGGCGAUGUGUGAAGUAUUCUGUGAUUCAGACAAGAACAUUCUAAAGGAAAAUGCUAUUGUCAGGUUCCCCAGACUAGCUGACACGUACCAGAAGAUAGCUGAGGAAGGGCCGGAUGUUUUUUACAAUGGCACCAUGGCCCAGACCAUAGUGGACGACAUCCAGGCUGCAGGUGGCAUUAUAACAUUAGAAGACCUGUUGGAAUACAAGCCUGUGUUGAAUGAAAGUCCACUGAAAUUACAUGUUGGCGAGUACACAAUGCAUGUUCCCGACGCUCCAUCCAGUGGUCCUGUACUAGCGCUAAUACUCAACAUUGUGGACGGCUACAAUUUCUCAGACAGAAGUGUGUCGACGGCAGAAAAAAAGACACUAACUUACCAUCGUAUCGUUGAAGCCUUCCGCUUUGCCUAUGCCAAGAGGAGCAGGCUUGGAGACCCACGCUACCUCAACAUCACUGACCUCAUCCACAACAUGACCUCUGACUACUUUGCUGACAACAUUCGCAGUAAGAUCACUGAUGACACCACACAUCCCGACAACUACUACGAGCCUGAGUACUUUGUACCUGACAGCCACGGGACGGCCCACCUGUCAGUCAUCGCUGAGGACGGGAGUGCUGUAGCUGCUACCAGCACCAUCAACCUAUAUUUUGGAUCUAAAGUUAUGUCCCGUUCCACUGGCAUCAUCUUCAAUGACGAGAUGGAUGAUUUUAGCUCCCCCUACAUCACCAAUGGAUUUGGUAUCCCUCCAUCUCCCAAUAACUUUAUCCAACCAGGUAAACGGCCUCUGUCAUCGAUGUGCCCGACCAUAAUUUUCGACAAACACAAUAAAGUCAAAAUGGUUGUUGGAGCUUCUGGAGGGACAAAAAUCACGACUGCAACAGCUCUAGUAAUCCUGAACUCUCUCUUCUUCAACUAUGACCUGAAGAAAGCGGUGACUGAACCCAGGGUUCACAAUCAGCUCAACCCAAACAAGACUGUCGUAGAGCAGAAUUUCGAACAGAGUGUACUCGAAGGCUUAGCCCAGAAAAAUCACAUAACCGAGUUCCUGAGGACUCCGGGUGCAGUGGUGCAGGCAGUGGUGAGGCAGGGAGACCGACUCUGUGCCGAGUCCGACCCAAGGAAAGGAGGCUAUCCUGCAGGUUACUGACCUGAAGCUUCCCUUUUUCUCACUCCCCACUGGAGCUUCCAUCUACAGCUUCAACCCAGACGCAGGAACUGUCUGCCUUUUAAAAGACAAUCUGCUUGCAGAGAAGAAGAUCCUUCUAAUACAGAAGGUGCUUCUUUUUUAAUUUAUACUGUAUUUAUUUUUUGAUAGAGAACAAGUUAUCCACACUGGAACUGUUAGUGCCUACUUUAUUCCUGACUGGUUCGGCAGUGUUUUUGGUGAUUUUGGCCAAGGAGAUUUAUUAUUUUGUGUGUUGAGAACGAGCGAGAGUGAUGCUCUGUUAGUGGGUUGUUCGUCCUGUGGUAGGAACACAUCACUGGGGCAUCUGGUUGGGAGGUUUCUGACUUCAGGGACCAUCAUAGAGGGCUCGGAGUGACUCAGCAGAACAAGACCCUGACACUGGCAUAAGGAUUGUGGACAAAGGAUCGAUUUUGAAUCCUGGAUCAUGCUACUUCACCAUCAGCAGCCAGAGCCUGAGAGAGUACAUUUGUCUAGGCUCUCUCUUGGUGGGUAGAUGGCGCACUCUGCCUUAUUAUUUUUAUUGAGAUGCUGUCUGGCACAGGCAUCUGUUGGCUGACUUACCUCAGAGCACACUGGCUCAUUAGGAAUGCUGCAUUUGUGGCAGUUCAAAAAGAGCCAAUAUGUUGUUUUUUGCCCUCCGAGUGUUGAGAGCAGUUCACGUGGUGGGUGGGUUAAUUUGCUUAGUCAAAUUGGGGAGAAAUUUAGUUUAAAAAAAAAAAAAAAAAAAACAUUUUUAUCAAGUAAAAAAAAAAUUGUGUAAUGUCUUAAUUUGUGUAAAUAUUAUGAACACUUAAUGCAAAAAUCAGGGGUUUAAAAAAACGAAGAAGCUGGAAAUGCUUGUUUACAUUCUAAUCCCUUUAAGGGGAAUUUAAGAAAGGUACAAUUAGCAGGCAAAUAUUUUGUUGCUGUCAGGCAAAAACAUUGUACCUCCUUUGUUGCCAUUUUACUUUUUGACAAUUUUAAUCUGACAGUUGUUCUUUAUUUAUUUGUUUAACUUUAUUUAACUAGGAGGUCCCAUGAGAUUAAAAUCUCUUUUUUGAGGGAAGCCUGAACCUGGUUCUCAAUCUUGAAUUAAGUUCAUUAUGAAUGAACCGAUAGAAAUGUUCUAAAAUUUUUGGGGAACAAGAUGUGAGUGACAGUGACUAUUUGUUACCUAAAACUGUAAAGAAUCUGAAGUCCAAUAAAAAUGAUCCAGUACAAUAAGCUGGUUAGGAUUAAGUGAAUUAAACAUUCAUUGUUGGUUUUGUUACAAAAAAAACACAUGUGACUUGACAAACGUCAUCGCUGUAUUUAACUUCCAAAGCAUCUUCGAGGUUGAUUGGUCGAAACUGGUAAAACUCGAUACAUCAACCGAAAUUCUUGUCCUGUUGUCCAAAAGUCAAGCAGAUGUAGUUGAAACGGUUGUGUGUUUAAAUCUGUUGUGUUCUCCUUCUAAAAAAUGGGGUCUUCUGAAGGAAAUAGAGUUUUUAAACAAACUGUCCACUCAGAGACAAAAGCUCAUAUGUUUGUGUUGAUCAUUCUUCAGUCCUUCAUUAAUGCCCACAGGAUGCUGCCCAUAGAACGCUGUUGGUGGACCAUUUUGAGUCAGCAGUGACACUGGGGUGUUUAAAAACUCCAGCAGGACUGCUGUGUCAGAUCCACUCAUGCUGGCAACAGACACUAACACACCACCACCAGUCCAGUGUUACUGCAGUCCUGAGAAUGACCCAACACCAAAAUAAUGCCUGCAGUCUGUAAUUAUAGAAUUACAAACUGCUCCUAUAUGCUCAGUGAAGCUGAAAAAAGGGUAACAUGUGUAGAAACAAUAUUAUGCUUGAUGGGUAUAUUACAAUACCUACAUUUAAACUGUUAUUAAUAUUGACCUUAAUGUGAGAGAUAGUAGCUCCACAUCUGUGUAUAUCAUACAACCAAAACAAUGUGGGUCUUUUACAUGCACAGAAUGGGAGUGUGUUGCAUAGCAAAAACCAGCUUAGAAGAACACCUGAUUAGACUGAGCCUGGAGACUCUCAGAACUCUGCUGAUUGAUCGUGCCUUACAUUUUUAAAAGUGCCUGAAAAAUAAAAAAAAAUGCUCCUCAAUUUCACUUUACUCAUAAUACACAAAUACAUUCUGUCACAGAUAAAUUGUGUUAUUAUGUCUUAUGUCAGGGAAAUGUUUAUAUGAAGCAAGACUGUGUUACAUGUACCAUGCAUCCUGAAAAAUGCAUUUGCCUAUAUUUUUUUAAACUCACAUUGUCGUGACGUCCUGCCUGUUGCUAUGCUGUAAAGUGUUCUGAAAGAUUUUUUGUCUUUGCAUUAAAAUCAAACACUGAAAUGUU